UGGGCUCUCGGGGGCGGACGAGGGCAGAGCAGCUCUUUUUGCGGCUUGGGUUGCAGCGAGUUUGAGCCGCCUUCUCACUUGCCUCGGUUCCCCCUCUCCCGGUCCUUGGGGAUUUUUAGAUCAGCCCCUGCAGCUCGUUGCCUCCGUGAACUCUCCGCUUCCAGGAUGCCGGUGACCGAGAAGGACCUGGCGGAGGACGCGCCAUGGAAGAAGAUUCAGCAGAACACGUUCACGCGUUGGUGCAACGAGCACCUCAAGUGCGUGAAUAAACGCAUCGGGAACCUGCAGACCGACCUUAGCGACGGGUUACGGCUUAUCGCGCUGCUGGAGGUGCUCAGCCAGAAGCGCAUGCACCACAAGUACCACCAGCGGCCCACCUUCCGACAGAUGAAGCUGGAGAACGUGUCCGUGGCGCUGGAGUUCCUGGACCACGAAAGCAUCAAACUCGUGUCCAUCGAUAGCAAAGCCAUUGUCGAUGGAAACCUGAAGCUCAUCUUGGGCCUGGUAUGGACUUUGAUUCUUCAUUACUCCAUCUCCAUGCCUGUAUGGGAAGAUGAAGGGGAUGAUGAUGCCAAGAAGCAGACACCAAAGCAGAGGCUGCUGGGAUGGAUUCAGAACAAGAUCCCAUACUUGCCUAUCACCAACUUUAAUCAGAACUGGCAAGAUGGCAAAGCUUUGGGAGCCCUGGUAGACAGCUGUGCUCCAGGUCUGUGCCCAGACUGGGAAUCCUGGGACCCACAGAGGCCAGUGGAUAAUGCGCGAGAAGCCAUGCAGCAGGCUGACGACUGGCUGGGCGUCCCACAGGUCAUCACUCCUGAGGAGAUUAUUCACCCGGAUGUAGAUGAGCACUCCGUGAUGACCUACCUAUCUCAGUUCCCCAAAGCCAAGCUCAAACCAGGCGCUCCUCUUAAACCCAAACUCAACCCAAAGAAAGCCAGGGCCUAUGGGAGAGGAAUCGAACCCACUGGAAACAUGGUGAAGCAGCCAGCCAAGUUCACUGUAGAUACCAUCAGUGCCGGGCAGGGAGAUGUGAUGGUGUUUGUUGAGGACCCAGAAGGAAACAAAGAAGAGGCACGUGUGACCCCCGACAGUGACAAGAACAAGACAUACUCUGUGGAGUAUCUACCCAAAGUCACUGGGCUGCACAAAGUCACAGUCCUCUUUGCAGGACAGCACAUCUCUAAGAGCCCAUUUGAAGUGAACGUUGACAAAGCCCAAGGAGACGCCAGCAAAGUCAUUGCAAAAGGCCCAGGGCUGGAAACUACAGGGAACAUUGCCAAUAAACCCACCUAUUUUGACAUCUACACAGCUGGAGCUGGCGUGGGCGACAUUGAUGUUGAGGUAGAGGAUCCUCAGGGCAAGAACACGGUGGAGCUGCUGGUGGAAGACAGAGGAAAUCAGGUGUACAGAUGUGUGUACAAGCCAGUGCAACCCGGCCCCCAUGUGGUCAAGGUCUCCUUUGCUGGAGAUGCCAUUCCCAAGAGUCCCUUUGGUGUGCAGGUUGGGGAAGCCUGCAAUCCAAAUGCCUGCCGGGCUAGUGGCCGAGGCCUGCAACCCAAAGGUGUCCGGAUCCGGGAGACUGCAGACUUUAAGGUGGACACCAAAGCUGCUGGAAGCGGGGAGCUUGGUGUAACUGUGAAGGGCCCUAAGGGACUAGAGGAGCUUGUCAAGCAGAAGGGCUUUCUGGAUGGGGUCUACUCAUUCGAGUACUACCCUAGCACACCAGGGAAAUACAGCAUCGCAAUUACUUGGGGGGGACACCACAUUCCAAAGAGCCCCUUUGAAGUCCAAGUUGGCCCUGAAGCAGGCAUGCAGAAAGUCCGUGCCUGGGGCCCUGGUCUUCAUGGUGGCAUUGUUGGCAGAUCAGCAGACUUCGUGGUGGAAUCCAUUGGCUCUGAGGUCGGGACUCUGGGGUUUGCAAUUGAAGGCCCCUCCCAGGCAAAAAUAGAAUAUGAUGAUCAGAAUGAUGGAUCGUGUGAUGUCAAAUACUGGCCCAAGGAGCCUGGUGAAUAUGCCGUUCACAUCAUGUGUGAUGAUGAGGACAUCAAGGACAGCCCAUACAUGGCUUUCAUCCACCCUGCUACUGGAGACUACAACCCGGACCUAGUCCAAGCAUAUGGGCCUGGUUUGGAGAAAUCUGGUUGCAUUGUCAACAACCCAGCUGAGUUCAUUGUGGAUCCUAAGGAUGCUGGAAAAGCUCCCUUAAAGAUAAUGGCUCAGGAUGGGGAAGGCCAGCCCAUUGACAUCCAGGUGCGGAAUCAGAUGGACGGCACAUUUGCCUGCUCAUAUACCCCAGUUAAAGCCAUCAAGCACACCAUAGCUGUGAUCUGGGGAGGUGUGAACAUACCACACAGCCCCUACAGGGUCAACAUUGGGCAAGGGAGCCAUCCCCAGAAGGUCAAAGUGUUUGGACCAGGUGUGGAGAGAAGUGGUCUGAAGGCAAAUGAGCCUACGCACUUCACCGUGGAUUGUACAGAGGCUGGGGAAGGUGAUGUCAGUGUUGGCAUUAAGUGUGAUGCCCGCGUGCUGAGUGAGGAUGAGGAAGAUGUGGAUUUCGACAUUAUUCACAAUGUCAAUGACACAUUUACAGUCAAGUAUGUGCCUCCUGCUGCCGGACGAUACACCAUCAAGGUUCUCUUUGCAUCUCAGGAAAUCCCUGCCAGCCCUUUCAGAGUCAAAGUUGACCCUUCCCACGAUGCCAGCAAAGUGAAGGCAGAAGGUCCGGGGUUGAGUCAAGCAGGUGUGGAAAAUGGGAAGCCAACCCACUUCACCGUGUAUACCAAGGGGGCUGGGAAAGCACCGCUCAACGUGCAGUUCAGCAGCCUCCUUCCUAGUGAUGCAGUGAAGGACUUGGACAUCAUUGAUAACUAUGACUACUCACAUACUGUUAAAUACACCCCAACCCAGCAGGGUAACAUGCAGGUUUUGGUGACGUACGGUGGUGAUCCCAUUCCUAAAAGUCCUUUCACCGUGGGUGUUGCUGCUCCACUGGAUCUGAGCAAGAUAAAAAUCAAUGGACUAGAAAACAGAGUUGAGGUUGGGAAGGAUCAGGAAUUUGCCAUUGACACUAAGGGGGCAGGAGGCCAGGGCAAGCUGGAUGUGACAAUCCUGAGCCCUUCUCGGAAGGUUGUGCCAUGCCUGGUAGCACCAGUGGCCGGCAAGGAAAGCAGUACGGCCAAAUUCAUCCCUCGGGAGGAGGGGCUGUUUGCUGUAGACGUCACCUAUGAUGGACACCCAGUGCCUGGAAGCCCCUAUACUGUGGAGGCGUCACUACCACCAGAUCCCACCAAGGUGAAGGCCCAUGGUCCUGGCCUGGAAGGAGGUCUUGUAGGCAAGCCUGCUGAGUUCACCAUUGACACCAAAGGAGCUGGAACUGGAGGUUUGGGUCUAACCGUGGAAGGUCCAUGUGAGGCCAAAAUCGAAUGCUCUGACAAUGGUGAUGGCACCUGCUCCGUCUCUUACCUUCCCACAAAGCCUGGAGAAUAUUUUGUCAACAUUCUCUUUGAGGAAGUCCACAUUCCUGGCUCUCCCUUCAAAGCUGACAUUGAAAUGCCAUUUGACCCCUCUAAGGUUGUGGCAUCAGGACCAGGUCUAGAACAUGGGAAGGCGGGUGAAGCCGGACUCCUUACUGUUGACUGUUCAGAAGCAGGGCCCGGGACUCUGGGCCUGGAAGCUGUCUCAGACUCAGGGGCGAAAGCUGAAGUUUCUAUCCAGAACAACAAAGAUGGUACCUACGCAGUGACCUAUGUACCCCUGACAGCUGGCAUGUACACUCUGACCAUGAAGUACGGUGGUGAGCUUGUACCACAUUUUCCCACCCGGGUCAAAGUGGAGCCCGCCAUAGACACUAGUGGGAUCAAAGCCUUUGGACCAGGCAUAGAAGGAAAAGAUGUUUUUCGGGAGGCCACAACAGACUUCAUGAUUGACUCAAGGUCCUUGACCCAGGUUGGAGGUGACCACAUCAAAGCUCGCAUUGCCAACCCCUCAGGGGCUUCCACUGAGUGCUUUGUCAAGGACAAUGCUGAUGGGACCUACCAGGUAGAAUAUACACCGUUUGAGAAAGGUUCCCAUGUAGUGGAGGUGACAUAUGAUGACGUGCCGAUCCCAAACAGUCCCUUCAAAGUGGCUGUAACUGAAGGCUGCCAGCCAUCCCGGGUCCAUGCCCAAGGUCCUGGAUUGAAAGAAGCCUUUACCAACAAAUCUAAUGUCUUCACAGUGGUAACCAGAGGGGCAGGAAUUGGUGGGCUAGGCAUAACUGUCGAGGGGCCAUCAGAGUCGAAGAUAAACUGCAGGGACAACAAGGACGGCAGCUGCAGCGCCGAGUACGUUCCCUUCGCUCCGGGAGAUUAUGACGUUAAUAUCACAUAUGGAGGUGUCCACAUCCCCGGCAGUCCCUUCAGAGUUCCUGCCAAAGAUGUUGUGGAUCCCAGCAAGGUCAAAGUUGCUGGCCCUGGGCUGGGCUCUGGUGUCCGAGCUCGCGUCCUGCAGUCCUUCACAGUGGACAGCAGCAAGGCUGGCCUAGCUCCACUGGAAGUGAGGGUCCUGGGCCCAAGAGGCCUCGUGGAGCCAGUGAAUGUGGUGGAUAACGGGGAUGGCACGCACACAGUGACCUACACCCCAUCCCAGGAGGGGCCCUACAUUGUUUCUGUCAAAUAUGCUGAUGAAGAGAUCCCUCGAAGUCCCUUUAAGGUCAAGGUCCUUCCCACGUAUGAUGCCAGCAAAGUGACUGCCUCUGGGCCUGGCCUCAGUUCCUAUGGAGUGCCUGCCAGCCUACCUGUGGAGUUUGCAAUUGAUGCCAGAGACGCUGGUGAAGGCCUCCUUGCUGUCCAGAUCACGGACCAAGAGGGAAAGCCUCAAAGAGCCACUAUCCACGACAGUAAAGAUGGCACAUACGCCGUAACCUAUAUCCCUGAUAAGACUGGACGCUAUAUGAUUGGGGUCACCUAUGGUGGAGACAACAUUCCACUUUCUCCUUACCGCAUCCGGGCCACGCAAACAGGCGAUGCCAGCAAGUGUCUGGCCACAGGUCCUGGGAUUGCCCCCGUUGUGAAAACUGGCGAGGAAGUGGGCUUUGUAGUGGACGCCAAGACUGCGGGGAAGGGGAAAGUGACCUGCACGAUUCUGACCCCAGAUGGCACCGAGGCUGAGGCUGAUGUCAUAGAAAAUGAAGAUGGGACCUACGACAUUUUCUACACUGCUGCCAAGCCAGGCACCUAUGUGAUCUAUGUGCGCUUCGGUGGCGUUGAUAUUCCCAAUAGCCCCUUCACAGUCAUGGCCACCGAUGGGGAAGUCACAGCCAUGGAGAAGGCACUGGUAAAUGCAUGUCCCCCUGGAUUCAGGCCCUGGGUGACCGAAGAGGCCUAUGUCCCAGUGAGUGACAUGAAUGGCCUAGGCUUUAAGCCCUUUGACCUGGUGAUUCCAUUUGCUGUCAGGAAAGGAGAAAUCACAGGAGAGGUGCAUAUGCCUUCAGGGAAGAAAGCUACACCUGAGAUCGUGGACAACAAAGAUGGCACAGUCACUGUCAGAUACGCCCCCACUGAAGUCGGGCUCCACGAAAUGCACAUUAAGUACAUGGGGAGCCACAUCCCUGAGAGCCCGCUCCAGUUCUAUGUGAACUACCCCAACAGUGGGAGUGUUUCUGCAUACGGUCCUGGCCUUGUGUAUGGAGUAGCCAACAAAACCGCCACGUUCACCAUCGUCACAGAGGAUGCGGGAGAAGGUGGUCUGGAUUUGGCUAUCGAAGGCCCCUCAAAAGCAGAGAUCAGCUGCAUUGACAACAAAGACGGGACAUGUACAGUGACCUACCUGCCCACCCUGCCAGGCGACUAUAGCAUUCUGGUCAAGUACAAUGACAAGCACAUCCCUGGCAGCCCCUUCACUGCCAAGAUCACAGAUGAUAGCAGACGCUGCUCACAAGUGAAGCUGGGAUCAGCUGCCGACUUCCUUCUGGACAUCAGUGAGACUGACCUCAGCACACUGACAGCUAAUAUCAAGGCCCCAUCUGGACGUGAUGAGCCCUGUCUGCUGAAGAGGCUGCCCAACAACCACAUUGGCAUUUCUUUCAUCCCUCGAGAGGUGGGUGAACAUCUAGUCAGCAUCAAGAAGAAUGGCAACCAUGUGGCCAACAGCCCCGUAUCCAUUAUGGUGGUCCAGUCUGAGAUUGGCGAUGCGCGCCGUGCCAAAGUCUAUGGCCGAGGCCUGUCAGAAGGCCGGACAUUUGAGAUGUCUGACUUCAUUGUGGACACAAGAGAUGCAGGAUAUGGUGGCAUAUCCUUGGCGGUGGAAGGACCCAGCAAAGUGGACAUCCAGACAGAGGACCUGGAGGAUGGUACCUGCAAGGUGUCCUACUUCCCCACGGUGCCUGGGGUCUAUAUCGUCUCCACCAAAUUUGCUGAUGAACAUGUGCCUGGCAGUCCGUUCACUGUGAAGAUCAGUGGUGAAGGAAGAGUCAAAGAGAGCAUCACCCGGACCAGCCGGGCUCCGUCUGUGGCCACAGUUGGCAGUAUCUGCGACCUGAACCUGAAGAUCCCAGAAAUCAACAGCAGUGACAUGUCUGCCCAUGUCACCAGCCCCUCUGGCCAUGUCACCGAGGCAGAGAUUGUGCCUGUUGGGAAGAACUCUCACUGUGUCCGAUUUGUGCCCCAGGAGAUGGGCGUUCACACAGUCAGUGUAAAGUACCACGGACAGCAUGUAACAGGAAGCCCCUUCCAGUUCACCGUGGGGCCCCUUGGUGAAGGGGGUGCCCACAAGGUCCGGGCAGGAGGCCCUGGCCUGGAGAGGGGAGAAGCAGGCAUACCAGCUGAGUUCAGCAUCUGGACCCGGGAAGCAGGUGCUGGAGGCCUCUCCAUUGCGGUUGAGGGCCCUAGCAAGGCCGAGAUUACAUUUGAUGACCAUAAAAAUGGGUCAUGUGGUGUGUCUUAUAUUGCCCAAGAGCCUGGUAACUACGAGGUGUCUAUCAAGUUCAACGAUGAGCACAUCCCCGACAGCCCCUACCUGGUGCCGGUCAUCGCACCCUCAGACGACGCUCGCUGCCUCACUGUUAUGAGCCUUCAGGAAUCAGGAUUAAAAGUUAACCAGCCAGCAUCCUUUGCUAUAAGGUUGAAUGGUGCAAAAGGAAAAAUUGAUGCAAAGGUGCAUAGCCCCUCAGGAGCCGUGGAGGAGUGCCACGUGUCUGAACUAGAGCCCGAUAAGUAUGCCGUUCGCUUCAUCCCCCAUGAGAACGGCAUCCACACCAUCGAUGUCAAGUUCAAUGGGAGCCACGUGGUUGGGAGCCCUUUCAAAGUGCGUGUUGGAGAGCCCGGCCAAGCAGGGAAUCCUGCUCUGGUGUCAGCCUAUGGUGCUGGACUCGAGGGGGGCACCACAGGUAUCCAAUCAGAAUUCUUCAUCAACACCACUCAGGCAGGCCCAGGGACACUCUCUGUCACCAUCGAAGGACCAUCCAAGGUCAAAAUGGAUUGCCAGGAAACCCCAGAAGGGUACAAAGUCAUGUACACUCCCAUGGCCCCUGGAAACUACCUGAUUAGUGUCAAAUAUGGUGGGCCCAACCACAUCAUGCGCAGUCCAUUCAAGGCCAAGGUGACAGGCCAGCGUCUUGUCGGUCCAGGCUCCGCCAACGAGACCUCAUCCAUCUUGGUGGAGUCAGUGACCAGGUCCUCAACGGAAACCUGCUAUAGCGCCAUCCCCAAGUCAUCCUCAGAUGCCAGCAAGGUGACCUCCAGAGGGGCAGGGCUCUCAAAGGCCUUCGUGGGCCAGAAGAGUUCUUUCCUGGUGGACUGCAGCAAAGCUGGAUCCAACAUGCUGUUGAUCGGGGUCCAUGGGCCCACCACCCCCUGUGAAGAGGUCUCCAUGAAACAUGUGGGCAACCAACAAUACAAUGUCACAUACGUUGUCAAGGAGAGAGGAGACUACGUUCUGGCUGUGAAGUGGGGGGACGAACACAUUCCUGGUAGCCCCUUUCACGUCACUGUACCUUAAAACAGCUUGCAUCCAAUCCUGGAGGAAUCCUUCCAGUUGCUUUUGUUGCUAGUUUGCAAUUCAUUUUUUACAAGUCCUCAGCCUGCUGGUGGGCCUGAAACCCCAUCCCCAAACCUUCCCAUUCAUUCCAAGUGCCUUUAGUGCCCUAGACGUGACUCUUAAGGACAUGUGGGACAUCAUAAGAAACGAAACUGGGUACAAGAAAGUGCAGAGUACUCCAAACCAAGACUCUUGAGUUCAAAGGUCUAUGAACAGGGCAAGACUGACUGGCUCCCCUAAGCUCCUGGUCUACUCAAGCAUUUGCCAAACAAGAAUGUUAUUGCAGAAGGGGGGACCCUUGCCAAAGACCCUUACAACCCAAUUCCCUCAAGACUAGAUGACAAUAAGAACAUCUAACCCAGAUCACAUUCCAUCUCUGCGCUCCCUCAUGGGCCCUGGUCACUUUGACUUCAUCCCAAAGCCAACUCAGGUGCAAGAGGCAUGCAGAACAACCCUAUACCCCAUUUUUGGAAUUCUGCCUCUGCCUUCUGCUUUAUAAACAGCCUUGAUGACAUGUAGUCAUAGCCAAAUGCAGGGCCACUGCCAGCUACCCUCAGAGUCCAUGACUUCUGCUAAAUGGCAGAGGCCACUGAUAAGCUACUGCCGGGCCCCUCUGCAAAAGCUGGAAGGGGUGGGUACCACUGUUAUGACCCAUGAGAGGCCUUAAGGACCAAAACACUAAGAUGUGGCCUCACCUGAGGUCUCUUUAAAGGCUGUGGGAAGCAUCACCAGGCUGCCAAAUGGCGGGAGCAAAUGUUAACAAAAACGGGGUAUUGUGGAUGUUGUCAUGGAUGUGGCCGGGGUGAAGCGAGUAUCCUGCACCAAGACACGGCAGCUGGAGAGGUGUGGGUGGUAAAAGCCACCUGUCAGGAACUGGAGCAGCUGAAGCCGGAUGUGAAAGGACACAGGCAUAACAGACAGGGGGACCAAACUGGAAUCAGAUGCCAACUGGAAAGUGUAUCUUAUAACUUAUUAAAUAAAACGUUUGCUGCAUAUGUA